AGGACGCUCAUGUCAUGAAGCUCGGCAACAGCCUGUACCCGGUCCUCUACGGGCUUGCGACGUUCUCUGCGGGAGACUUGCUGGCCCAAGGACUGGAGCAUGCCAGGCGCGACGGCGUCGACGGAGGCCAGCCGUUCCAGCACGAUCGCGCUCGCACCGGGCGGGCGCUCGUGAUUGGCGGGACGGCUGCGCUCCCGACUCACUACUACUUCUUGUUUCUCUCAACGCUGUGGAAGACGUACCCCAGGGCCCAGAGCAUCCUCUACAAGGUCGGACUGAACCUGGUCACGCUUGCGCCAAUGCUCAACUCCUACUUCUUCGGCAUGCAGUCCCUCCUCGGCGACUACGGCACCGCCAAGCCGUGGUCGCUGCGAUGGUCCUCUGCGGCGCAGCGCAUCAAGGACAAGGUUCCCAGGGCGUGCGUCGAGGGCAUCUUCUUCUGGCCCACCGCCACGGCCAUCAACCUGGCCCUGGUCCCGCCACGGUUCCAGUAUAUCCCGCAGGGCAUGGCAGGCAUCGUCUGGCAGUCUGUGCUCAGCAUGAAGAAUUCGACCGCGCGGAAAGGGCCGGCUCAACUCCAGUAGAAUUUCUUACUUGCCGCGGGGACUAUACAGGCCAAGAGGCUGCCGUGCGGCUGCCGAUUGUCGACGGCCAGAGUCGCUGACUUUAGAAUCCAAGGCAAAGGUUGCCACGCAUGAGUGCGCAGAUAGAGCAAUGUACUAUACAAACCCAGCACUAUAGACGAUGCUCAACUCAAUAGACGAUGUUGUUCCUCAUGCCGACGAGCGAGCGAGCCUGUGCACGGCCAUAGAUGAUAGAGCAUUGGUCGAGUUGUGCAUUGUCCGCGUGUGUCCCGGGAGAGGCCCGUGCACCUUUUGGCCUGCACCUCUUGAGAGAGAGGCGAUGGGGCAAGGGCUGCUUACGAUGGCAAGGGCUGGGCUGCCUGAUACGGUGGCGGAGGCACCCGUUGCGCAUCUGUGUGGGAUGGCGUCGGCUGAUACGAGGGCGGCGCGGGAAGAUUGCGGAGUUCCUGCUCCCGUCGCGCCACUUCACUGCUGGA